AAGUCGUUGAUAUGUGUACUAGUACUAGGUCAGAAUCUUAGUCUCACUCUCCAAGGUACUCAGUAAACUGGUUGCAGUCAUUCUGCAGCGGCAUGAAGAGGCUUUGACCGCUCACCAGUACGAUGGACGUGAACUACUUACCCAGCCUCAUCGCUAUCGCUGGACUUUCAUUGUUUCUGGCAAAGUUUCUGCAUAUCGUGGCCACAUGGUGGCUUCAUCGGCGCUUUCUAAGGCAGCGAAUACCGGAGCCUUGCAAUGCCCACUGGUUUCGGGGACACCUGGUAGAGGACUACCGUCUCGCAUGGGACACCUACCUGGGAUAUGCUCGAAAACUGCCGCGUAUGUUCUUACGGCAAUUGGGUCCUUUUGCGACCUCAGUCUCAGUGUGUCAUCCGGACACCAUUGCAGAUGUCAUGCGAAUCAAGUCGGAAAAACAACCACUAUCUAAAAGAGUUUUCCGCGUUUGGCUUGGAAAUGGCCUCGUGUUCACGGAGGGUAAGCGGUGGGCCCGUGAUCACAAGUUGAUUUCUAACGUGUUUUCGCCGGACAUGCGCCGCGAGUAUGUGAAUUUCUACAAGGAAGCAGCAUUCAUCAUGCUUGAUCUCUGGGAAGAGCAGCUCCACAAGAGUGUGGAUGUGUCGCAGUAUUUUCCAAUGCUGACGUUUGACAUCAUCCUGCGGUGUGCUAUGGGUACGGAGACCAACUGCCAAACGGAAAGUGAUCCAAGUGCCCCUGCCUUGCGUUAUGCUGCUGCAUUGAGAGGAAUCCUUGAGAUUAUCUUCUCGCGUUUCACGCAACCUUGGUUCUACUCGGAUUUCAUAUUCCUUCAUUCUCCAACUGGUCAUCGCUUCCAGAAGUUGCUAGCGGAAACACACAAGUUCAGUGAACAACUUAUCCGAGACAGACGGGCAUGUCUUCAGAAUGCUGAAGGUGAAAAUGAUGGUGGAAACAAAAGGCACCGAGAUAUGCUCGACAUUCUACUGAUGGCAAGAGAUGAAGACGGUGUGGGAUAUAGCGACACGGAGAUCUGUGAGCACGUCGAAACGUUCCUCUUUGCGGGCCACGACACUACGGCCUCGGCCUUCCAGUGGAUCAUACACUAUCUCAGUCUAAACCGUGAUGUCCAAGAACGCUGUCGUAACGAAGUACUAGCCGUCUUGGAGAGAUGUGGUGGUUUGGACAACUUUGCUCAUGGGCACCUGGCUGACCUGGAGUACUUGACACAAACCAUUCAGGAGGUGCUGCGCUUGAGCAAUGUUCUCCCGUUCGUAGCAAAGACAAGCAAGCAUGCCAGCCAGGUGGAUGGUGUUGGGCUGCCUACUGGUACUGGCUUUCAACUCAACAUGAUGGGGGUCCAUAUGAGCAAACAAGUCUGGACUGACCCGGACACGUUCAAUCCUGAUCGAUUCUCACCAGAUCAAAGUAGCACACGGAGCUCCUAUGCCUUCAUCCCCUUCAGCUGCGGUCCACGCACGUGUAUUGGUAAGCACUUUGCCAUGGAUGAGAUGAAGGUGGUGAUGGCCAUGAUACUGGCCAAGUUCCGCUUUACGCCAGACCCUCACGCCAAACAGCCUGCUUGGGUAAAUGCAAUAAUCGUCAAGCCAGAUCCCGGUGUGCAUGUAAAAUUGGAGCUUGUAUGAACAUCAAGUUAGUAUUCCAUUUGAUGCCUUGCUGCAGCUAGAGUCACCGCAGUAACUAAACAAGCUGAGCUUGAAAAAUGUACACUGAUAGUGGUGUCUACGCGACCAGCUAUUUUCUGUAGAUCUGUUUUCCUAAUGAAUACUGGCUUCGCCGGUCUAGAUGAAACGUACCUAGUGGAUAUGCUAGGUAGAUUGAUUGCCAAUUUACGCUUUCCAAUUUUGAUUUUAUUCUUAUUCAGCUUACACUGGAGUAUGAUUUGAGUACCAUACCAGCGCGAUCAGAGCCCUCUCUUGAAUAGUGCCCUAUCUCGAAUAGUGUCCCAGUCUCUAAGAGCCAGUGAAAAAAUAGAGCCCUCUCUUGAAUAGUGCCCCCCCCCCCCCUCCCGGCUUGUAACCAAGCGCAUGUGCAACUUUGGUGUUCUUUUGGUAAUGUUCUUGUCCAUUUCAUUUUACCUGGUGGUUUCAGGAUCACAAUCGCAGUUCUUGGUGCCCUUUCUGUUGAGUCGUGAUAGUUUACAGUAAACUUUAGGCUCUGUUUUUCUUUGCAUGAAUUUUUUUAUGCGGGAUUUAAGCAGCUCAGGUAUACUCAGUACUUGGAUUACAUACAUGUAGCUGCUUCUGUUUGCGUGACACGAUGUCUGCAGCUUUUAACCUCCGCCUGCUCGUGACUUUGUCUCAUCUUGGUUACCACUGCAUCAUACUGCUGUCACCCGGAAUCUUGUGCGCUAAGGCUGGAAAUAUUGCACUUGCGAGAGUAUCCAAAUCACGACAGACCCAGCCGAUGCAGCUCAGUGCCGUCAACAAACUGUUCUUCGUGUUUAAAGCGAUCUUGAAUGCCUUUAGUUGAUCAUAAGCUUACCUCUUUCUUUCUCUUGGCAUACAUGGUAUUAUUGUGUGACUUGUAUUAGCUGUUCCUGAUAGGCUAUGCCUAGUGUUAGAAUUACAUUGUAUGUUCAUGGCCUUGAUAUCCUGCACUGACAAAUGCUUUGCUGAUUUACCUACAUUUAAUCAGUGCGUAUUCACUAAAUUCAUGGUUCCUGAAACGAGAGAGCUUGGAAGGUCACGGCCCUACGCUA